UGCGUGCGCAAGCCGGUGUGGAAGGGGAUGCUGAAGCUGCUGGGGGCGGUGGUGGCGGGGCUGGAGGCGACGUAUGACUCAUGCGGUGCGGGGGGCGGGAUGUCUUCGUCCCUGCACGUCCUCGAGAUCGCCCACACCCACUACUGGUCCCGGGACCUCAGCGACGGCCAGGGUCUUGACCCCGCCCUCCUGUCCCCGUCCUCGAGCCCCUGGAGCAGCAGGGAGAACCUGCGGUCCCCAGGCAGUCCCCAACACGCCGCCCCCGCGUCCCCUCUCCCCUCCUACGACGUCACGCUGUCCUCACGCAAGUCCUCACACUCGGGCAUGUCGG